AAUGUUUUUAAGUUUUUAUCAUACUGAAUUGCAAAUUAAAAAAUCCCCUCUCUAUUUACGCUGUAAAAGUGAAGUUGGUAUAGUUUAUAUUCGUGAUAGAUGUAAAAAAGUUUAGUUCGAAAAAGAUUCUUAAAGAACACGAUGGCACCAGGACUUAGUAAACACACAUUUAAAUAUGCUUUAGUUGGAACCGUAACGAUUAGUACUUUGGUGUGGUUGUUAAAAAAAAAAGGAAGGAAACAUUCUGCAAAAUCCAGAAAUGUGUGGUCUACUAAUGAAAUACAAUAUAUCAUCAAAGAGAAAAAAUCAAAAGGGCCAAAAGUACAAGUUGACAAAGUAUUUUUGCAAGAGUUAUAUAAACUUUUGACUAUUGGCAUUCCUGGAGUAUUAUCAAAUGAAUUUCUUUUUUUAUUGCUUAUCGCUGGUUCUUUAACUGCUAGAACCAUAUGUGAUCUUUGGCUGAUAAAUAUGAGCACUCUUAUUGAAACAUCAAUUAUCACUAUGAAUCUUGAUUUAUUCAAGAAACUUCUGUUAAAAUUUGUCAUUAUAUUACCUAGUGUAGCAAUUGUGACCAACAUUAUGAAAUAUAGUAUAAGCGAAAUGAAAUUAAGAUUGCGCACAAAUCUAACACAUUAUUUAAUGAAUCAAUAUCUUAAGGGCUUUACAUAUUAUAAAAUAAAUAAUUUAGAUGCUCGCAUUGCAAAUCCAGAUCAACUACUAACAAUUGAUAUAGAUAAAUUUUGCGAAAGUUUUACAGACUUAUAUGGAAAUAUAAUGAAACCACUUCUUGACAUUAUUAUAUAUGCCUCCAAACUCACCAUUAAUCUAAGUGGACAAACACCACUUUUGUUGAUUUCAUAUCUACUGGUAGCUGGUACUUGUAUAACCACUUUGAGAAGGCCAGUGGCACAAAUGACUAUGAAAGAACAGCAGUUGGAAGGUGAAUACCGACAUAUCAAUACACGCUUAAUAACGAAUUCGGAAGAAAUAGCAUUUUACCAAGGAAAUAAUAGAGAGAAAUUAACUUUGCUAACUAGUUUUCACAAAUUGAUUACACAUCUUCGUAAAUUUUUGGAAUUUAAAUUUUUAUUAGGGAUACUGGACAAUUUCAUUGGAAGAUAUUUGGCAAUGGUAGUUGGAUUUUAUGCCGUGAGUAUACCAUUCUUUAAAAAAGAUCAUCCCGUUCUUUCAGGCUCCUCUGAACAUCGAUUUAAACAUUAUUAUACAUAUGGAAGAAUGUUGGUAAAAUUUGCAGAAGCAAUAGGUGUAUUCAUAUUAGCAAGCAGAGAGAUAACAAGAUUAGUAGGUUUCACAGCAAGAGUUACAGAAAUAAAAAAUGUACUGAAUGAGUUGAAUUCAGGAAAAUAUGCUAGAACAAUGAUCACAAACUUGAGUGAUGAUUCAAAAGUUCAUCCAGGUGCAGGAAAGAUUGUUGCAAAAGAUAAUAUUAUACGAUUCGAACAUGUUCCACUUGUAACACCAAAUGGAGACAUUCUUAUUAAAGAAUUGACAUUCGAAGUUCAAUCUGGCAUGAAUGUAAUAGUUUGUGGUCCAAACGGUUGUGGGAAAAGCUCUUUGUUCAGAAUUCUUGGAGAGUUGUGGCCUGUUUGGGGUGGUACAGUUAUAAAACCACCACGUGGAAAAUUAUUUUAUAUACCACAACGUCCUUACAUGACAUUGGGUACUUUAAGAGACCAAGUUAUCUAUCCUCAUACUAAAGCAGAAAUGGUCAGACGUGGACAAAUGAGCGACGAAGAUUUGCAGAAUUUUUUAAAUUUAGUACAAUUAAGUCAUCUUUUGAAAAGAAAUUUUCAAGAAGAUUCUGGAAAUCAAGGAUGGGAUGCUGUAGGCGAUUGGAUGGAUAUUUUAUCAGGAGGUGAAAAGCAACGUAUUGCGAUGGCUAGAUUGUUUUACCACAAACCGCAAUUUGCAAUAUUAGAUGAAUGUACAAGUGCUGUUAGCGUCGAUGUCGAAGACUCUAUGUAUUCUUAUUGUAAAGAUGCAAAUAUUACAUUAUUUACUGUUUCUCAUAGACGGUCUCUUUGGAAACAUCACGAGUUUUACCUACAAAUGGAUGGUAGAGGAGGAUACGAAUUUGGAGAAAUUGGAUCAGAUACAGAAAAGUUUGGAUCAUAAAUAUUUUUAUUCUUUCUUAAACAAGAUUAUUUGGUGAAAUAUACGGUUAUAUUAAAUGGCAAUCAUAAACAUAACAGAAAUAAUGAAAACAGAUGAAAUGACGAGCAAAAGAAUACAUAAUAUUUUAUUAAAAUACCAAAUUUAUAUAGAUCUCUUUGUUUUCAAAAGAAUUCAAUAUGUAAGCAAAAAUACCAUAAACAUUAUUUCUACGUGUAUACGUGUAUAAUCAAAACUAUUAAGAAUAGCUUUUAUAUAUUUUUCUAUCCGACUUUUUAUAGUUUUUGCUUAUGAGUAUGUAAAUAUAAUACGAGUACUCUCUUGUUCUUCCAGUUUUACCACGAACUUAUAAAAAAGCAUUAUUAUAUUGUAUAUAGUUGAAGGUUAUAUCGUAAUAAUACAUCGUUGGAAAAUGAUAUAUUUGCUUUGUAAUUAAGUACACCGUAUCAACUUAUUCCAUAUAAAAGAAAUUUAAGAAAUAUAUCAAAUAAACUAAUGAAUAAAAAUAUUUAACCGAAAAAUUGUCAUGGAAUAUAUACUGUAAAUGUCGUGUGUAUAUAUGCACAACUUUAUCUCUGUAUGAAAUAUUUGAUGCGAUAGCAAUCUGUAAUUAUUCUAUGUAUAUCGUUUUAUAUUAAUGUUAUUAAAAAUAUACUUUUAAAGAAUGAAAGAGAGAGAAAGAGAGAGAGAGAGCGAUAUACUGAAUUAUGUACAAAGAUUGUAACAAAUAAGGUGAAAGGAUAAUUUCUUAAAAAGGAUUUUCAAAAAUAAAUAAAAAAAUAUUAUAA